AUGGUGGGACUAGCUCAACCAAUGCCUAAAAGGGACUCAACUUUGAGAAGCAACAAGUUUAAGAUGUUGAGAGGUGAAGGAAGCAAGGCAAGAAAGCAGGAGAUAGCGAGAGGUGAAAGGAGAAUGCUAAAAGGAAUGAGCAAGGAGGAUGUGGAAGAGAUUGAGAGAUUGAGGGAAGGGAGAAGGACCAAGAGAAGGACCAAGAGAAGGAAUGAUCCCAUUAGCAGUGAGAGCAAAUUGGGAGAGUUUGAGAUUGGGGUGAACAUUGGGGGAGAAGAAAGUGAUGACUCUCUAAGAUGA